AUGCCAUCAUCACGCACAAUAUCCUUAUUUCUCCACGCUCCGGCGCCCGGGGUCGCCUCGCCCUCGCUGCCCACGUGCUUCUUCCGCUCCUUCUCCAGUCAGCAUGGCACAACCCACAGGCGACCACAGCCACAGCGACAGCACAGAGCGCAGUUCAGUCCCAGAUCCCAGCCCUCCAUAGCAUCAUUCUCCUCGUCAUCAGCCCGACGACGGGACCAAAACUACUACGAAGUCCUCGACCUCCCUCCAACCGCCACAGCAGCAGAGAUAAAGAAACAAUUCUACGCCCUCUCCCUCCGCCACCACCCGGACCGCAACCGCAGCGACCCAAACGCCUCCCAACGCUUCGCCCGCAUCUCAGCAGCCUACAACACCCUCGGCAACGCCAACAAACGCGCAACCUACGACCGCGACCACGGCUUCCACCUCCAACACCGCACGCCCCCAGCAGGAAGCCACAGCAGCUACAACGCAAACCUACACAAAGGCUACGCCGGCUCACGACCACCUUCCGGCCUAUCCAAACGCCGUGGCACAUUUCACGGCCCACCGCCCAGUUUCUACGAACAAGGCGGAUACGGCAGUACAGGCCGGACGGAAACAGGAUCAUGGACUGCCGGGGCGGACUUUGCGAAUGCCGCGUCUAGUGGAGGAGGGAGUUCGAAAAGGAGAGAUCCGGAAGAUUACGAGGGAUUUAUUGACCGAAAUCCAUUGGGACAUUUCAAUGCGAGGGGACAUUUUAGAACACAGAAGGCCGAGGAUAUGAGGAGGAGGGAACGGUAUGCUAGGGCUAGACAGGCGAGUUUGAAGGAGGAUGGGGCGCGAGAUACGAGUUCGAAGGGGGAGAUCAGGAUUCUUAGGUUGGUUGUUGUUAGUGGGAUUUUGGUUGUUACCGGAUUACUCGGGGGCUUUGUGCACGGGGUUAUGCCUACGGGGCCGGCUGCGACGGCCCAGGAUCAGGCUAAGGCUAGGGUCAAAAUCGCUGCUGUUGCGGCGGAGAGGACGAGGAAGAAGGAGGCUCAGGCGAGGGAGAAUGGCAAUGCAGCUCAUGGUCAGUCUCAGACUAUGUCGAGUUGA